UUCUCACAGGGAAAGGAAGCGGCGGGCGCCCUCCCCUCUUCCCCUCUGCUCUUCUUCCCGCUCCCCCCCAUCCCCCGGCUGCGAUUCCGAUGAGGCCCCACACCAGCACCCCCGGGCCACCGGGCUCGCCGACCCCCAACUCCGGCGCCGUCAAGCGGCAGCGGAAGGCGGCGGCGCCGCUGGGUGACGUCACCAACCUCCUCCUCCCCGAGACCCCGACCCCAAUCAAGCCUAGACGAACUGGACUCCGGCCCAUCCCCACGCCCUCCGACGCAUCCGCUGUCUCCUCGACCUGCUCCCUCUCCUCCGCCGCAUCCGUCACUCCCGCGCCCAAGCUUUCGUCCGCCGUCGGCUUCGACGAGGAGCGCAGUGUGGUCAAAUGCCCCAUCGCCACGGUUUACUGGAGGCGCGGGACUGCUGAGACUCGAGGGAGCAGGAUGAGGAGGAGGAACCCCACCACCACCACCAACAGCAACAAGGGCAAGGAGCCCGUUGCUGCUGCUGGAACGUCGAGUUGCCCUCCUCUUGGAAGAGCCACGAGGAAGAACAGCAGGAAAGACUCUAUGGCUCAGGAUACUCGGCCCAUUUCUUCUUCAGCACCUUGUCAUGGAGCUAAAAAGAAGCGGCCCCCUCCAAGCACACCCAAGCUACCAGAAGACUUUGUGAAGAGGCAGAGAGCAUAUUUUGCAGAUGUGGACGCCUUCGAGCUGCCAGAGGAAGAGGUGUCCGAAUCUGAGCUCGAGUGAAAACCGAAGCUGAUCCCAGAAUAUAUGGCCUUUUUCUCUGUACAGAAGUAGUUUACUGGAAUUAUGCUUAGAAUGUAAGUGUGAGUUAUGGUAGCAAUGUAUAGCUCUUGUAACACGAGGAAGAGGCAGGGUACCUUUUUAGUGAUCAGGUGGUCACUUGCCCCACUAAUGUUCCUUUUACCAAGCUUGUAGCAGCAUAGUAGUAUGGCAGGUACUGAGGUCUGAAAAACGAGGGAAGUUUUGGGAGUCUGAGGAAAAAUGAGCUAGUUAACACAGCAGUAAGGCUGGAUCUUUAGCCUGUUUGGAAGCAGCUACUCUGGCUUAUAAUCUGUGCUGAUGUUCAUUCAUAGUUUUCUUCUUGAAACAGUGGAGAUUGUUGAACCAAA